CUUACGUCACGCGGAGAGGUUUCAAGAUGGCGCUGCCCCGGUAAGGGAGGUGUAGCUGAUGGAUGUGGGCUGUAGCCUUUUGCCGGAAGCAGCAUUUUGCUGUAUUUUGCUACCCAGUUCGGGAAAGACAGGCUGCCGCCAUGAACUGCUUGUGGACGUUACUGCUGGCCCAGAAGCUCUCUGCAGGAAGGGGCACUCUGCUGAUGAAGGCUACUUCUAAGAGGGAUCUCCGCCAGCUGCUGAGAAGCGACUGUCUCCAGAACUCCAGGUUGGGUACUGUGAGGAGCAUCCAGGUAAGCACAGCACUUGGCACUACCACCCCUCCAAAGGGCGAUGGAGACAAUGCCAAAGAAUUCACCCAACGAGCCUUGGUGACUGUUGAAGAUAUCUUUGAGAGAACCGCUGUAACUGCAAAAACCAAAGCCACGUUUCAGGAAGCUGUGGACAUCUUCUGCAAGCGGGACAUUCGCCGCAGGGGUCACGUGGAAUUCAUCUAUGCAGCGCUGAAGAAGAUGCCAGAGUAUGGGGUAGAGAAGGACAUUAAUGUCUACAACAAAAUCUUGGACGUCUUCCCCAAGGAAGUAUUUGUCCCUCGCAAUUUCAUCCAGAGGAUGUUCAACCACUACCCUCGACAACAGGAGUGUGGUGUCCAGUUGCUUGAGCAGAUGGAGACCUAUGGUAUCAUGCCGAACAAGGAGACCAAGUUUCUGCUCUUCCAGAUCUUUGGGGACAAGAGCCACCCUGUGAGGAAAUACCAAAGGAUCAUGUACUGGUUUCCUAAAUUCAAGCAUAUCAAUCCUCACCCAGUUCCAGAUCCUCUGCCAGAGGACCCUGUUGACCUGGCAAGGCUGGGCCUGCAGAGAAUUGCAGCUGACUUGGAUGGGAAGGUUACCGUAUAUCAGCUGCAUCAUUUGGAGAUUUUGGACUCUGGAAAAACAAUUGACCACCCGCAUAUUGUAGGAAUCCAGAGCCCUGACCAGCAAUCGCUCCUGGCUCACCACAAUACAGACAGGCCUGUUUUUGUUGAAGGCCCCUUCCGCUUGUGGCUGAAGGAGACAUGUGUUUAUUACUAUGUGCUCAGGGCAGAGCUGUUGCCUCGAGAAGAAAGGGACGAAGUGAUUGACCCAGAAAGGAAUUUCUACUACCCUAUGUACCUAGAUAUUGAUCUGGAACGGGAUCUUUCGGAUGAUUACGAAUUUGACAUAGAUGAAGUUGAAGAGGGCCCCGUAUUUGCCAUGUGUAUGGCAGGGGCAGGAGACCAGGCCACCUUGGCCAAGUGGAUUGUGGGUCUUCAGAAAACAAACCCAGUUUUGCGCCGGACGCCGGUCGUGUUCCGUCUCACCCCUGGGCCCCGGGAGCUACAGUCAGGCACCAACUUGGACGACGAUAGUGAAGAGGAGACGGCAGAAGCUCAACGCCUCAACAGAGAUCUUUGAGCACAUGUUUUAGUUUUCAACAGAGGUCUUUAAUUUAUUGAGUCUAACUUCAUGCUUGUGCUUUAAAUCCCAGGAUGCUAGUGCAAUCAUUCCUAUAAAUGAUCGGAGGAAUUUUGGGUUCAGUCUUGAUUGCUUGGUGUAUUGAGAGCACCUGUUCUUCAACAAAGCACCUCUUCUCUCAGCUGCAACACUUAACAUUGAACACCUGUGGACAGAGUUGACACCUUUGCUGUAACAGCAGCAGGGAAAUGUUGCAUCUCCUUUUGGACAACACUUCCCCCAGAUAAACUUUCAGAUCAAGAAUUGAUACCUUUAAAAAUCACUGCUGUCCUUUCAAUUGUCUGAGAGGCUGCAGUGAAUUGUAGAAUGUUCCCUUCUGUGGCGUUUUCUUUUUAGAAAUCCACUUUCCUUGAGUUCUUUCUGAUGAUUUUGUAGCAGCGUUUUCAGUGGCAGAGCCUCCAUUUCUUUGACUACAAUUCUUCACUUCCUAUCACUGCAGCCCUGGCAGUUAGAUGAACUGAGCUUUUCUUCCUCUCAUUGAUCUAAUGCUGGAGCGCAAGGGGCGCUGGGAGGGAUCACCGCGCCACGGCGCCCAGUACACUUAAGACAGACCUGAGUAUUUGCCUGAACAGUUGGUCAGUGGUAAGGAUAAAAAGGCUGUGGGUUCCCCCUCCCUGAUGUAAUGCUGCUUUUGUACCUCCCUCCCAGUACCAUUGCCUUUGUGUAAUGUAUGCUACCAUUAAAAAAGAAAGUUGAAUGUCAUGUGUGUGUAGAAUUUAAUUUAAAGCUUUAAUACAGGCAUCACUCCCACUUAACGCAGGGGCUAUGUUCUGGGCCCCAACACGCAUAAGUGAAAUUGUGUAAAGUGGGGAGCGCCCUCUAAAAAGUCUGUAAACACCCAUUUUGUCCUGCUGUCUCUCCGUGUCUCUCUUCAGCUAGAGUUGAAGCUCUGGUGGCAUUUCUUCACUACCCUGCAUGUUGGCUGUUUGACAGGGAUGCUAUAUUUAAACAGUAAAGGUAAAGGUAAAGGGACCCCUGACCAUUAGGUCCAGUU